UAGAGGAAGGACUCCAGAGUCCACCUUAGCCUUCACUCAGUCCUGGCGCCUGCAAUCUGCAAAGAUGGAGGCGCUAAGCCGCCAAGGGCUCUUGGUCCGGCCCUCUGGGGUAUGCUCCAUCCGUAGGCAAGCCCCAAAGUUGUUGGAAAAGAUGCCAGCAUCAAGCUUCAUGGGUGUGCGCCUGCUUCCUGCUCAAACGGCGAAUGUUGCAGAACGGAGAUUGGUCGGAACCGGAAAGCCUUUCAGAGCACAGCACCGAGCAUUGCGAUCAGUCACGUGUAGUGCUGAUGGAGCACUGAAGAGCUUUGCUAUGAGGCUGGUGAAUUUGCCCGUUUCGAGCAGCUUCAUGGUAAGUGGUCGCGAGUUGGUGCAAGAAAAGAGAGCAAGGGGUAACAGGAUUGUGUGCCAGUCUCUGAAGAUGGAGGACAAGUAUAAGAACCUGAAGGCAAAGCGGCUGUUGAAGGAGAUGGAGCAGCUUCGGGACCGGGGGUACGAUCGCAAUGGGCGGAGCACCCCCUGGGGGAAGCCGAAAAAGGCAAAAGGCGCAGGGAACGAGGGGAAGAAGAAGAGCGAGAUGGACGGGGACCACAACGGGAUAGCGCCGUGGGAGAAGAGGAUGCGCAUCAAUUACGGCGACAAUGUGGAGGAGCAGGGCUACGGGCUGGAUUACUGGGAAGAUGACAAACGGAACGUCGCCGCCAUGCGCGGCCAGCAUCGGGAGGACGUAACUAGGGGCGGGGGCACGUACGGCGGGCAGUUUGCGAGGGACCUCCGGGCAUCGAAGCGGACCAUCAUCGACACUGCUGAUCUGGCGCAACUAGUGGCGGCGAGACCGGGGACGAAGACGGCGCUGGCGGCCGGGGUGGCAGGCUAUAGUGAGCAGUUUGUGCCGGAGAUGCUGGAGAAAGGGUCGGCGCUUUUUGAGGACCCCCUAGAGGUGCAGCAGAGGAUGGUGUGGUAUCUUGAGAGCAUCGGGGUGGACGUGGACGCAAUUGACCUCAGCACAGUGCCGGGCACGGGCGAGGAGCAAGAAGAGAAGGUGGACUACCUAGUGAGCCUGGGCCUCGCGCAGGAGACCGUCGCUGACAUCAUCGGGCGGUGGCCGCAGCUGCUCCGGCUGAGCCUGCGCAAAAAUAUCAUUCCGGUCAUCAAGUAUCUCGAGUGCGCCUGGAUUGCUUUCCGGCCGGAACAGAUUGUCGAGCUCCUGGGCAAGUAUCCGCAAAUCCUCUACCACAGUUUUGAACUCACGCUCCAGCCGCGCGUGCUCUUCCUGCGCGGUGUCGGCCUCACCCGCUCGCAGUCCCAGGACGUUUUCCUGCGCGUCCCGUCCUUCUUUGACACGCGCAUCGAGCGCUCCCCGAGCACGUCGAUGGCCUAUUUGGGCGCGAUAGGGGUCGAAAUGGCGGACAUGUGGAAGGUUGCGUACGGGUGCCCGGAGAUCCUUGUGCAGAAAGUUAACGAGUUCCUGAAGCCGCGCUUCGAAGGCAUCGCGAGUCAUCUGGCACUUCCAGAAGAGGAGGCGCGGCGGGCGCUGUUGCAAACCCCGGAACUGCUGCUGAUCGAAGACUUGGGCGGUUUGAGGGACGAGUUAAGAACGGAGCUUGCGCGGCGGGGUUUGGUUCCGGAAGUUGGGAUUAUUGAGAGCACGUCGGAAGAAGCAGGGGGUGAGGAGGAGGCGCUUGUUGCGCAGAGUUUGCCCGGGGAGGAGGACGAGAGCGCUGAAGUGAGUGAGAGUGUGUCGUCAAGCGAACGGAGCGACGAUGACAUACGGGAAGACACUGGGGUUAUCGCAGGCGGUUUAAUAGAAGGUGGGUUGACGGAAUCCACUUCGGUGGUAGAAGCGGGUUUGGAGGGAGAGGACCGGGUAGAAGAGGGGGACGAAGCUGGCUGUAGCGGACAGAAGGGCGUGCAGGUUGACGUUAACCGAAUAGUCGCGCUCUUUGGGCACAGGUUGCACGACGCAGGAGUUAAGCAAACCCUGGACAAAACCCUGGGUUUGCUUGGAAAUGAGUUGGAGAUGGGCCCUGACGAACUCCGGACGGUCCUGGCGGAAUACCCGGCGCUAUUAGAACUAGAGCCGGGAGAGAUCGCGGAAAAGAUCCAGGCGCUGAGGAGAGAGGGUUUGUCAACGGACGAGAUACGGGGAAUGGUCGUGGCGGAUCCGGAUUGGCUGGGGGUCGACCUGGAGGCCGCGUUCACACCAAAGCUUGAGUUCCUGAAAGUGGACAUGGAGAGGAGUGUGAAUGAGCUCUUGGAGUUCCCGAACUUCCUUUGUUAUAGUCUGCCAAACAGGAUUGCGGUUCGCCACCAAAUUACGCACGAACACGACAAGAAACUUUCUUUGCGGCGGCUAUUAGGCAGCAGUCCCGCUCAGUUCGACACAGCGGUGGAGAAAAGCGAGUGGGACUUCGAGGUUGACGAACUAGACAUGGCGGAAGAAGCUUGGACGAUAGACCGGGCUUACGCAAGGCAGCGGUGGGAACCAGCGAAGAUUGGUGCGGGUCCUGUUGGUGGCCUGGUAUAAAGCUGACACGUGGCUACGUUUACUGACGCACCAGAAAGUGCACAGUUUCAAGCUUCGACUGCGAUCGAUCGUCAAGCUUCAUUCCAAAGGAUUGAUGCCGAGCUAGAGCCUUGUCUAUGCACGAGUUGUUGUCAAACAAUCAGGGAUGCCGGCAAGCUGGAGACGUGAUAGUCAACUGCAAAUGGUCCCAUGUGGUUCGUUCGACAACUAAACAUAUUGGAAUGCACGAUGCGAAAUUCAUCAGAUCAAUCAAAUAAGCUUUCAG